GGCUCAAGUAAUCCAACAGUUUUGCCGGAUUUGGAGUCUUCUUGUUUGCUUGUUUUGCUUUCUGGACACGUCUUGUGGACCCUGCAUGCAGCGUUGGGACUUCCUCUUUGGCACGUCAGUCAAGCGCAGUUUGCAGAACCUUGGAAGACCUCGCACUCAGAAUGGAUGGGCAACUUUGGUAGAUUUUGGGUGAGCAAAAGUCAGAAGCUUUUCUGAAAAUCCCAACGGACGAAUUCCAGCUUGGAUCGAGAGAAAGGAGUGACAGUUGCAAAAUCUGGAGCCAUCCUGGAGUAUGUUUGCGAGGUUCUGAAGAGCAAUUUGCUACCAUCCAAAGAUGUGGAUCUCCAAAAGCACUUGCAGUGCAAGCCAAAGUGAGUGCUCAAGGACCUAUGCUCGGCCAAAGUAGCUUGGGAGUUUUUGGAGAAACAUGGAAAAACUGUUGGUCAGAGUCACAAGUGGCGGCAAGAUGUGGCAAGUGCAAAAAGCCAAAUGACGAACGCAUGUACUUCAACCGAAUAGCAGCCACAAAGGGCGAGAAAGAUGAUUUUGCCAUCGCCCGAUUUGGAAAAGAAGCAGAGCGAUGCUUGAAAAUGUUGGAUGACCAGCUUCAACAGAGUGGCGGUCCAUAUUUGCUGGGCAAAAAUGUCUCCAUUGUGGAUGUGUCUUGCUUCCCCUAUGCAGCAAGCGCCUAUUGGGCCUGCAUCGAUAUUUCGGACAUGCCUCAGUUGCAGGCAUGGCAGAAACUGCUGCACGAACGUCCAUCCUUCAAGACUGGCUUGUCGAUCCGCUUUGCUCGACCGGCUUUCUUCGGUCCACCUUGGGCUAGUGAAGAGGAGAUUUAGUUGGAGCUUGGUGCCAAUGCUGCACAGUUUUCAAUCCCAAAGCAGUGAGGCGCCUGAGAAA